GGAAUAGAUAACGAAAGCAAAGUUUUAUCUUAUGGAAAUAAAUAGAACAAAAUCCGUUAUCCCCAUUCUUCUCCCGCUAGGAUACUGCUCCUUUUCCACCAUAUAAAGAUUAGCACAGCAGUAUUAUGCAAUGCCUUUGCUGUUAAAUUUAUCUUCUUGAAUCUCGGCAUUUCUUGGUUAUCUCAUCAGUAUUGUGCUAAUUCUUUAAUACCCUCUUGCACAUUGUGACUGCUUUUUCACUGAAUGGUCUCUUGGACAAGUAAUAUGCAGUUUCUUGAAUUUGCCAUCUUUAUUACUACCCUAUGAGUCUGAAAAAUGUGUCCUACAAUAUAUGUCCUUAAUGAGCACUUCAAUGGUUGUCUUAUGUCAAAGUUUUCCAUCCUUCAAGAAAAGUAGCUCCAUAUUUGUGCAUAAAAAUUCUAUUACUGAGGUUGGGUUUAGUUGGGGGAGGAGGAAAUUUUAUGGGUCUACUCCAAAUGCAAAGAAGAAGAAGCAUUCAAAGAAGAAAAGUUGGUGGAGAAAGUUCUUCCUUGAAGAUGAUGGGAAUUGGUUGGGACUCAAGGAUGAGGAUAUGCUUGAUGGGCUUGAAUCUGAAGGUUUAGGUAGCGAUGAUGAUGAAUUAUCAGAGAAUGAAAAGUUUGAAGCUUGGAAGAGACGAGCCGAGGCGAUUAUGGAGUUAAGGGAAGCACAAGCAGGUAUAAAGAAUGAUGAGAACAAGAGGUGGGAGGAUUGGCUUGUUGAUGGAACAGUUGAUUUUGGUAAUGGUUCAUCAUGGGUUCAGGGAGACUCUGAAGACAGUAUGCAGGAAGAUCCUAGUGAUUUAAUACCAGGGAGGGGUUUGGUUAAAUCCGUGAGGGAUAUGGUACUCGGCAAGGAAGAAGAUGAUAUGCUAUAUGAAGAUCGUAUAUUUCAGUAUGCUUCAUUUAAUUCUGCUAAGUUUUUGGCAGUGCUGAUAAUUGUCCCAUGGGCUUUGGAUUUUGUAGUCCAUGACUAUGUUCUUAUGCCUUUUCUUGACAGAUAUGUUAAGACUGUACCUUUAGCAGCACAGAUGCUUGACGUCAGAAGAAACCAAAAGCUUGAGAUGGUUAAGGAACUGAAGACUGAGCAAGCACGCUACCGCCUUGAGGUUGAGAUUGGUAAAUCUCCACAUUUGUCUGAAAAGGAGCUGUAUCUGGAGCUACGACACAAAGCGUUACAACUGCGGGAUGAGCGGAGAUUAGAAAAUCGCAAGGCAUUUGCUAAUAUAUGGUCGGACUUUGUCUUUGGGGUCUCAUUGUUCAUUCUUUUGUUCUUUAAUGAGAGUAAAGUAAAGCUUCUCAAAUUUACUGGAUACAAGAUACUAAAUAAUAUCUCCGACACCGGCAAAGCAUUUGUGAUUAUUCUGAUUACUGAUAUCUUUUUGGGGUAUCAUUCUGAAUCUGGUUGGGCGACUUUGCUCGAGGUGCUUGCUGAGCAUUAUGGUAUUGAAGCUGAUCAAGCAGUGAUAACCAUAUUUGUCUGCCUGGUUCCGGUUUUCAUUGAUGCCUGUGUGAAGCUUUGGAAAUCCAUUUAUCAUGUGUACUUUCUCUAUGAUAUUGGAAGCAAUGCAACCCAUAUUACUAUUCUCUAACAGAAGACUGUAUUUGCUUUCCAGUUAUUUAAAUUCUUGCCGAGAUUAUCACCUAGAGUGUCCAAUAUUUUCCGGGAAAUGACAAGGCAUUAGAGUGGCUUUCCACUUUUCCAUAUAGAGGCUCCUUUACAUGAAGUUGGAGUAAAGUGUAAAAGGACGUUUGGUAUUUUUCGUAAUGUGAAUAGCUUGUCAUCAAAGUGGCAUCAAUCUUUGAAUAUCUUGAUCGAAAUUGUGGGAAUAUUUGUUACCCACAUUAUUUGUUUGUCAACAAUAUUUAGAUUCUGAAUAAAAAGUUUGUUAGAAGCUUAAAAACA